CAGUGGUAUAAAGUGAGCCCCUGUGCGUGCCAGACUCCCGACGGCUGCAGCGAUGAUGAUGGCGUGCCCAAAGCUCCUGGUCCUCCUGCUCGUCGUCUGCACGGCCCUGCUUCAGCAUGGGGACGCCAGGCCCUCCCGCUCCAGGAAAGCAGCCCCAGGUCGGCAGAGAGCAGAUGAAGAAGAUAUGAAGGUGCAGAUAGACAAGCUAUGGCUAGAAGUCAACUCACUAAAGGAGAUGCAGGCUCUACAGACAGUUUGUCUGCGUGGAAUCAAAGCAUACAGGAAAUGUUACCUGGCUAUUGAAGAGCCCAAACACUACCAUGAGGCCAAUGAAGACUGUAUCGCUCAAGGUGGCACACUAGCUAUCCCACGUGACAUGCAAGAGAACAAUGACCUGAGAGAAUAUGCCAAACGGAGCUCUCCGGGUGCCAAGGAUUUCUGGAUUGGUGUGACAGACAUUGUUAAAGAGGGCCAGUAUGUGGAUGUUAACAGCAUGCCAGUCACUUUCUUUAACUGGGACAAGUCCAAAAAACAACCCACAGGUGGCAAGAGAGUGAGCUGUGUCACUCUCUCCCUGGCUGCACAGGGCAGGUGGCAUGAUGAAGUCUGUCGCAGUCAGAAGAAAUACAUUUGUGAAUACCUAAUUCCUUAAUUUGUUUCAGAAUGCAGUAAAUCUACCCAAACUUGUCCAAAGAAGUAAACACACUGACUUGUUUGACUUUAA